AUGGAGGCGAACCCAGCGGGCAGCGGCGCCGGGGGCGGCGGGAGCGGCGGCCUGGGGGGCGAGGACGGGGUCCACUUCCAAAGCUACCCCUUCGAUUUCCUGGAGUUCCUCAACCACCAGCGCUUCGAGCCCAUGGAGCUCUACGGGGAGCACGCCAAGGCGGUAGCCUCGCUGCCCUGCGCGCCCGGGCCCCCGCCGCAGCCGCCCCCGCCGCCGCCCCCGCCGCAGUAUGACUACCCGCCCCAGGCCAGCUUCAAGCCCAAGGCCGAGGCCCCCUCCUCGUCCUCCUCGUCGUCGUCGUCCUCCUCGUCCUCAUCGUCGUCCUCCCAGGCCAAGAAGCCCGACCCGCCGCUGCCGCCCGCCUUCGGGGCGCCACCGCCCCCGAUCUUCGACGCGGCCUUCCCGGCCCCGCAGUGGGGCAUCGUGGACCUCUCGGGCCACCAGCACCUGUUCGGGAACCUAAAGCGUGGGGGGCCGGCCGCUGGGCCGGGGACCGCGCCGGGGCUGGCCGCGCCCCCGGGGACCCCCGGGCCACUCCCUGCCGCCUCGCAGGCGCCGCCGGGGACGGCGGCGGCAGGGUCAGCAACCUGCGAUGCGGCCAAGGACGACAAAGGCUACUUCCGGCGGCUCAAGUACCUGAUGGAGCGGCGCUUCCCGUGCGGCGUGUGCCAGAAGUCCUUCAAGCAGUCCUCCCACCUGGUGCAGCACAUGCUGGUGCACUCGGGCGAGCGGCCCUACGAGUGCGGCGUCUGCGGCCGCACCUACAACCACGUGUCCAGCCUCAUCCGCCACCGCCGCUGCCACAAGGACGUGCCGCCGGCCGCGGGCGCCCCGGCGCCGCCACCGCUCCCUCCUCUGGGCCUGCCCGCGCCCGCCGCGCCCUCCUCGGCGCCCCCGGGACCCCCGGCCCCCGGCUCGGCCGCGUCCGGGGCCGCCGCGGACGGGCUGAGCUACGCCUGCUCGGACUGCGGCGAGCACUUCCCGGAUCUCUUCCACGUCAUGAGCCACAAGGAGGCGCACAUGGCCGAGAAGCCCUACGGCUGCGAUGCGUGUGGCAAAACCUUCGGCUUCAUCGAGAACCUCAUGUGGCACAAGCUGGUGCACCAGGCGGCCCCCGAGCGCCUGCUGCCGCCCUCGUCUGGCGGCGCCCAGCCUCCGGAGGGCUCGGGCGGCACCGACGCAGCCACCGUGCUGGACAACGGGCUGGCCGGGGAGGUGGGGGCGGCCGUGGCGGCACUGGCUGGGGUGUCCGGGGGCGAGGACGCGGGCGGGUCCGCGGCGGCCGGGGGCGGCGGGGGCGCCAGCGCGGGCCCCGAGCGCUUCAGCUGUGCUACCUGCGGCCAGAGCUUCAAGCACUUCCUGGGCCUGGUGACCCACAAGUACGUGCACCUGGUGCGCCGGACCCUGGGCUGCGGCCUGUGCGGCCAGAGCUUCGCGGGCGCCUAUGACCUGCUGCUGCACCGGCGCAGCCACCGGCAGAAGCGGGGCUUCCGCUGCCCGGUGUGCGGCAAGCGCUUCUGGGAGGCGGCCCUGCUCAUGCGCCACCAGCGCUGCCACACGGAGCAGCGGCCCUACCGCUGCGGCGUGUGCGGCCGCGGCUUCCUGCGCUCCUGGUACCUGCGGCAGCACCGCGUGGUGCACACGGGCGAGCGCGCCUUCAAGUGCGGCGUGUGCGCCAAGCGCUUCGCGCAGUCGUCCAGCCUGGCGGAGCACCGGCGGCUGCACGCCGUGGCGCGGCCCCUGCGCUGCGGCGCCUGCGGCAAGACCUUCCGCUACCGCUCCAACCUGUUGGAGCACCAGCGGCUGCACCUGGGCGAGCGCGCCUACCGCUGUGAGCACUGCGGCAAGGGCUUCUUCUACCUGAGCUCCGUGCUGCGCCACCAGCGCGCGCACGAGCCGCCGCGGCCCGAGCUCCGCUGUCCUGCCUGCCUCAAGGCCUUCAAGGACCCCGGCUACUUCCGGAAGCACCUGGCGGCCCACCAGGGCGGCCGGCCUUUCCGCUGCUCCUCCUGCGGUGAGGGAUUCGCCAACACCUAUGGCCUCAAGAAACACCGCCUGGCGCACAAGGCCGAGGGCCUGGCAGGGCCGGGCGCAGGGGCCGGCCCGUUGCCCGGGAAGGACGCCUGACCGGGGGGUGUGCCUCCCCUCCGCCGCUCCCAUCAGACGUCCCUUCCCGGACUCGCCCUUCUGGGGCGCGGACCUCCUCUUGCCGGCCGUCCCAGCCAUCCUUCCGAACUAUAGACGGACUAGCCUCCUCCCCCAAGGCCCAUGUCGUGCAGACCCUAGCCUGCCUCUCUCCACCUGGAUCUCCCUGGCCCUCUCCUCCUAUCGGACAAUGAACUCGACCCUCCGUCCACCCCUGAUGUGUACCCCUCUCCAGCCCCCCUGCCCCAGCAGCCUUCAGCCCCCCGGUGAGCUGGGUGGAGCCGGGUCUGGACUGACACUCCCCCCUUCCCCGGCAAGCUGGCCGGACAGCGGAGCGCAAGCGGUU